AUGGCUAACUACAAACCAUCCCUUGGUGUUCUCAAUUCAGAAAAAGAUGUUCACCGGACAGAUCGUCAUAUCCCCCUUUUUGCCGGGGAGGACACACCUCAUCCAGAUCCAGAUUCGCCGUUUGCUGAAACUGGGACAAAUGUCCACCUUGAACAGAUGAAAGAUAUGUUGCUCACUUACAAUGAGUACAACACAGAACUUGGGUAUGUACAAGGUAUGAGUGAUCUUCUUAGCCCCAUCUAUGCCGUGAUGCAAGACGAUGCGAUUGCAUUUUGGGGUUUCGUUGGGUUCAUGAACCGGAUGGAACGAAACUUCCUUCGAGAUCAAUCUGGGAUGCGCCAACAGUUAUUGACCCUUGACCAACUCCUUCAACUCAUGGACCCCAAGCUUUACCUACAUCUUCAGAAAGCUGAGAGCACCAACUUCUUCUUUUUCUUCCGCAUGCUCCUAGUUUGGUUUAAAAGAGAAUUCGAAUGGGUUGAUUGUCUCAGGCUCUGGGAAGCACUAUGGACAGACCAUCUGUCUAGUAAUUUCCAUAUCUUCGUCGCUUUGGCUAUACUAGAGAAGCACCGUGACGUUAUUAUGGCACACCUUCACCACUUCGAUGAGGUCUUAAAAUACGUUAAUGAACUAUCAAAUACAAUCGACUUGAUACCAACAUUGAGUAGAGCGGAGGCCUUAUUUCAUCGGUUUGAGAAGAAAGUUGAAGCUAUUGACAAGAAGUACAACUUUCCACAGGCACCUGUUCGUCAGCGGACAACACGUCCAACACCUCAGGCCAAUACCACUACAUCACCCGCUAGAGAUAGUUCUGCCACAGCUACUGGAGCUAGCCCAUCAGGCGGUACAGGAGCAAAACCCUCCAGCACGCCCAAUACGAAGCCUGACUCUGAGGCCACUUCUGUCCAGAUAAUUACCCCUGACCUUCGCAAGCUGCUUAGCCGGGAGGUGGAAGUCAUGGAUGCUAAAGAGGUCCGGCAACAUACUCUUCUUGGGGCGAAAUGA